AUGCUAAACUACAAACUCUACUAUUUCAACGUAACCGGUCUCGGUGAGCCCAUUCGUUAUUUACUUCACUACUGCGGAGUUGAGUUUGAAGACUAUCGCUUUCAAGAUUUCGACGAAUGGAAGAACCAUUUUCAAGACAAAAUGCCCAUGAGACAAGUUCCUGUGUUGGAAAUCGACGGCUGCGAAAAAUUACACCAGCACAUAUCGAUUUGCCGGUAUUUCGGAAAAAAAUUCAAUCUCUGCGGCUCGACUCUUGAGGAGGAUCAAAGGAUCGAUGAAGUGAUGUAUGACAUUAACGAUAUGCGCUUGUCAAUUGCUAAUUAUUACAAUGAAACAGUUGUCGAGUUCAAGGCUGCGUUGAAAGAAAGAAUGUUGUCAAAGCUUUCGUUUUUCUUAGGAAAACUGGACAUGUUGGCCAGUAAAAAUGGCCAGUCUUUCGUUCGCGGAGGCAUCACAUGGGUGGAUAUUUAUUAUGCCGGAAUAAGCGAGGUCAUGUCAAAUAUCCUGGAGCGUGACAUAAACGAGGAUUAUGCGAACUUGACAAAAUUGGUUGCUCAUGUUCGCAACAACAAUCGCAUCAAAGCUUACCUUGAAAAACGUCCGAAAACUAUAAUUUAA